GCAUUCUUUAUUUUAUUUGUGCUAUAGUUUGUUGUAUUUUUGGUCUGUUUUUGUAUAUGCUUCAUAAUACUUGUAGUGUAACAUCUCGAACAUUAUCCCGACGAAGAUAUUGUUCACUUUGGGCCUCCUCACGGUUUUUGACUUGAGGUGCAAUUCAUGGUGACUUUCCAUAAGGUCACCCAUCCUUGUUGUAGUCCACACUGAGCAUGUUUAACUUCGGAAGUUCUCACAAAAACUCCUCCAUUUCACCCCAAAACGCGUCUUAUCAGUUACGGUCGGUUUCUUACUUAAGAACUAUGGAUCUCUACCGUGCUUUGUCGACUCGGGGGGAACCCAACGCCCUCGUUGAGGUUUGCCACCUUAGGCAAAUCCCACAUCGACAAAGCACAGGAGAGAUCCAUGGUUCAUAAGUAGGAAACCGGCCUUAACUGACAAGACGCGUUUUGGGAUGAAAUGGAGGAGUUCUUGUGAGAACUUCCGAAGUUAAACAUGCUCAGUGUGGACUACAACAAGGAUGGGCGACCUUAUGGAAAGUCACAAUGAAUUGCAACCCAAAGUCAAAAAUCUUGUGGAUCGAGGCCCAAAGUGAACAAUCAAUAUUUUCGCCGGGAAAGUAUUCGGGAUGUUAGUUACAUGUAGGCUAAAGACGUAACACAUAAUAAAUGGACAAUCAAUAACACAUGUUGUGUUCCCCCUUAUAAUUUUAAAAUAAACAAGCAUCUCUUUAUUUAAAAAAAUAACCCUUAGUUGUGACUUUUAAUCAACCCUUUAAAUAUAUAUAAAAAAAAAGUUAUCAAAAUGUUAGCACCAUUCUUAAAAAACAAGGCAUGUGAAGUAAGCAAAGCGAAAAAAAACGAAAAGAAAUAACAAAAGAAAGUAAAGCCAAAAUGUCCCUAUCACCUCCCUACCGCAUCCUCCUCCUCAAGCAACCCACUCCCUCUCCUACCUUAUCAACUAAUAAUAAAAAAAAAGGACUAAUUCCCCGCCAUUUUUAAUCCUCCCACUCAAUUCUCAGUCUCUCCCAUAUCGGCUAUCGCCAUCAUUCCUUUUCAUCACUAAAUGAGAAACAGCUACCGGUGAAAAACCAGAGUUAAAAAAAAAAAACACAAGAGAAUUCUCCUCCCGCGGUUAUAGAUAAUGACUCGGUUAUUUCGAUCUAAAUCCUGCGGCCUAGUCGGCAUCACCGAAUUGAACUCCUCCAACGCCGCUCCCACCUUCUUCUCCCGCCGCCGCCGCGGCGGCUCCGACGCCCGAAACGAUGCCGGCGAAGAGGAGGAAGGCGACGAGGAAUUCAUCGAUGGUUCCAGGAGCCCCACCGCGAUUUCCACUCCGUUCAUCAGUCCGGCAUCGAGGUACGGCGGGCGGACGGCGGCGGAUCGAGGCGGCGGCGGAGGGGGGAAUCAGUUCGCUGUUCUGGAUGUGCUGGUGACAGCGCUGCGGAGGUCGCUCGUCACGUGCAGCGUGAUGGAGAGAGACGAUGAAGCAUCUUCCUCCUCCUCCAUGGACAUUAGCUGGCCUACGGAGGUCAGGCACGUGUCCCACGUGACCUUCGACCGCUUCAAUGGAUUCCUCGGCUUGCCCCGGGAGCUCGAGCCCGAGCUUCCCCGGAAAGUCCCCAGCGCCAGUGCGAAUGUGUUUGGUGUGUCUGCGGAGUCAAUGCAGUGCUCUUACGACGACAGAGGGAACAGCGUGCCGACGAUACUUCUCAUGAUGCAGAGGCGUUUGUAUGUAGAAGGAGGCCUUAAGGCUGAAGGAAUAUUUCGAAUCAAUGCCGAGAAUAGUCAAGAGGAGUAUGUUAGAGAGCAGCUUAACAGAGGUGUCAUUCCACGCGCUAUCGAUGUCCAUUGUCUGGCAGGUCUGAUUAAGGCAUGGUUCAGAGAACUACCUUCAGGAGUGCUGGAUUGCCUAACGCCAGAGCAAGUGAUGCACUGCAACACAGAAGAUGACUGCACUCAGCUUGUGAAGCAGCUUCCUCCGACCGAAGCAGCGCUUCUCGAUUGGGCCAUCAAUCUGAUGGCAGAUGUCGUGGAGCAUGAGCAGUAUAACAAAAUGAAUGCGCGGAAUGUUGCUAUGGUAUUUGCACCUAACAUGACGCAGAUGGCUGAUCCAUUGACUGCAUUGAUUCAUGCCGUACAAGUGAUGAACUUGCUCAAGACGCUGAUCAUGAAAACCCUCCGCGAACGAGAGGAAUCAACUUCAAAUGCCACUAGGCAAUCAACACACCCAGAUUCCCCAUCUGAUGAAACCCACCAGUCGAUUAGUCAAGAAUCUUUUAUAAAGCCAUGCAAUGUAUUUCCGCUCGAUAUGGCUUUCACCACUAACAUCUCAGGGUCCAACACUACAAGUAGACCAGACACCAAAAGGUGUGGAGGGGGAAUCGGUGGAGACCAAGAAUCAGAGUCCAUUUCCAUCAGCAGCCCAACUUUGUGCGGAAUGGACAGCUUUGAAAACGGAUGUAAAGAAGGGUACGAGAACAGGGACCAGCGAAGUUUGAGCAAAGGGAUGAGAAGGUUAUGUAGGCACCCCAUUUUUCAGUUCAACAAGCCGGCGAAGAAAAUGCAGGAUAUUGGUGGCUUUCUAAGUAGCAGUGGCGGUGACAGAAGAGAAGCUUGGGCUUGAUCUGUAUAUAUAUCAUUUACUGCUUGGUGGCCCUGGCUCUAAUCGUCCCUCUACGUUGCUGAACUGCAGAGUUGUAUCUCCAUUGCUUUCCCUUGUGAAAAGUUGCUCCUAGCUUGUUUUCGGAUGUGUAUGUUCAUACUUCUUGUGUUGUCAGGUUAAAAAAGAAUAUAGUUGGUAUUUGGUUAGGCUUUAGCUGAAGCUCUAGCCAGAAUGAUGGGUAAUAAUUCUGUCAGUCUGUUUGUCUUUGAUGCAGUGAAGAGUUUGCGGAGUUUCGAGUUUUUGAGUGUGGUGAGAUCUUGGAACAAAUGCUUGGUAAUGUUGCAAUGAAAAACUAACCGGUUGAUGUUUAUUGUGGAGUUAACGCUUUCUUAUACGGAUGAUGUUGAAUGCUCUUUCAAGCAGUAGCCAAGCCAAUCUUUUAUUAAGACGUUUUGGUACCUAAAUUUUUAUUAUUAUGACAUUUUAGUAUCUAAAAUUUUCAAAGUUUAUAUAUUGGUUCAAUGUUUCGAUGCCACUUGGAUUUAUGAAUUUAAUUGAUCCAAUCCAUGAAUCCACCAAUAUAAUUUUCUUUUGUCACCCUACUAUUAUCAAAAUAAGAUCGGUUUUCGUGGAACGUAAAAAUAAACGACUUCCUUUAUUUAGCUCAAAACUUCCCAACAUAGUUUUCAGCGAGGAUUAUCGACUAAGCAAUAACUAAAAUCUGCUCUUACAAUUGAGUUGUUACGAUUACAGUUAGGAUGUAUAAUUGUCCAGGUGGUAAUGGUAGUCUCUUCUACCUGAAUAAGUGACUCACUUUUUCUCAGUAAUGGGGAAGCGUAUUGAAACAUUAUAUUUAUAUUGAAAGACUAUAUUGAGACGAAGAUGGGUUGUUAAGAACGCAGAGGAGGUAGGAUGUGCAGUUGGUCAGGUCUAGUCUGGAUCGUACAUGGACGAUAGUUGGAGUCAGCAGCUCUCCUAGAGUCCCUCAUUUGGGAUCCCUGGGGAAGAGGAUCAAGUUUCCCUUCAACCAUAUAGCAAAAUGUGGCAAAAGGAAGGAAAAUCAAUGGACUACCAACCCAAUCGCCUCCACCCCCUUAUGAACUACAAGAUCACCUUGAUAACGCCUUCGACAUCUAGGAAUCACGAACCGAUCAUAGAACCUUGUUCAAUAAAUAAGUGGAACACAUUAGAUGUCCAAUCUCAAGUGGGACAAUAUGUUGGGACUUUUAGGGACGAGGGUAUACGUACGAUAGCCCGAGACCGGGUGACGAGGAUUGUGAUAGAGUCGUGAACAAAGUUCACUUUCCGAAAAGAAUAUUUCCACCCUCAACAAGCCUAGGGUUGCAGGAAAUUUCUCCCGAGGAUAAAACUAUCACCACUUUAGGUUCCAGGCUCAAGAACACUAAAGCAUACUUAGAAAUUUUUGGAAGAAAGAAGAAGAAUCUGUUUGAUGGUAUGUGGCACCAUCCACCCCACCCUUAUAUUUAUAGGGGCCGAAUCCAUGCAUUGUUUCAUGAAAGGUUGCCUUUAUCCAUAUGAAAGGUUGCCUCUAUCCAUAUGAAAGGUUAUCCUUAUCCAUAUGAAGGGUUGCCUUUAUCCAUAAGGUUAUCCUUAUCCAUAAAAUAAUGCAACCUCUACUAGGCCAAGGGAUGUGUCCCUUCACGGAAUUAGAAUAUUGGUUCGGUCGGUCUAAUCCCAAACCGGUCGGUCGGUCCAAUCCAAAACCGGUUUGACUUGGUUAGUCCGGUUCAACCAAAUUUCCAACAUUCCUCCCCCAUUUUAGUGUAUUAUUAGAAUUCACUAAAAUCACAACAUUCUUCCAACAAAACUUAAGCAUAAAUGAAAAUGUCGUGACGAUUGAAUUUUCACCUUAGUAUAUUACACUUGACGAAUACUCGAAUACAAAGGGUGUCGGUAA